AAUGCUUAAAAUUUUAUGAAAUAUAAGUGUAAAAUUUGUCUUGAAUGUUACUAACGCUGUAAUUUAACCCUUAAUUUAGAUUUAAUACAAGUAGUAAACAUUGUUUUUCCAUAAUUGGUACAAAGUACAUAAUAUUCAAGUGCUACGUACAAAUUUACACGCCACGUGACUGCAUGGUUUUUAUACAGUGUGGAAUACAUAGGUUAAGGAUCAGACACUUUAACCGGUUGGCGGGAGAUGAACUUUGCCCUUAAUUAUUACAUUUUCUUCACAUAAAAAAUGGAAUUCGACUUGUCGUUUAAUUUCCUAUGCAUAUUUUCUAUUAUUUUGUUAAUAUUUGUCACAAUUAUCACCGUUGUUCAAAAACUAAAAUGGCCUGUAAAAGUAAACUGCUGGUUUUGUAAUAAUAAUACUAAGAUUUGGCGGCAACAGCUUAACUGGUGGAUGUGUCCGCAUUGUGAACAGUAUAAUGGUUUUUCCAAGAAUGGUGAUUACACUUAUAAUAUACCAGAACAAUAUAAGACUUCAGAUGAAAUCAAAAGAUACUGUACAGUCAACCAGGAUACAUCAAUCAAGAAAGUUGCAAAGAAUGAUCUAUGUACACAGUGUAAUGUUAACGAAAGCUUAAAAUUAGCCAAAUUGUCAGACUACAUACCUAAGAGUGAAAGAAAUUAUGAACAUGAGAUAAAACAGUACAGAAAUAUUUUAGAGCAGCAAUAUCCAUUGUGUGCAAAGUGCAAAACUAUAGUACAUAGGGUAUUAAGCAAACAAGCAUUAUGGCUUGCUCAAUAUAAAAUGUUAUUCUUUAAAAAGAAACCUUUUAAUGUAAUUGCUAAUGGUACAAAAUAUUCUGAACCAGUAUGUAGAACAAUCUCAACAAUAUUAGGCUCUAUGGUGGCAUAUGAUAUGGAUUUUGUAUAUUUGCCAAUUGGAGGAUUACUUUUUCAAUUCUGUGCCUGUUGGUCAGCUUCUUCGAGAAAACAUAAUUCUGAUUUAUUGCUCAUGUUUUUAUGGAUAUGUACAAUUGUACUUUUACCUUUUAAAGAUGCAAAGUUGAUUAAAACAGAUUUACAGAAUGCAUGGUUUUCUCUUGAAUAUAUAACACAUUAUCAUAUGAUAAUGUUAUUUGUCUUGGUUAUAGGCUAUAUCAACAUUAAGCCUAAAUCCUAUAAAAGUACAUUGAAUAAAAAUAUGUCAUUCAAAAAAAUUGAAUCUUCCACAAAAGAUACAGUGUUCACUGAUUUAUGUACAAAGACUUUAAAUGAAAAGCACAAUUUUAAUUCUGAAGUUACCGAUGAUUUAAAUAAAACAGUUACUAACCAAUUGUUCUCACCACCAAAUACAAUGAAACACCAUAUGGCUCCUUACACCGAAAAGCCAUUGAAUUCAAAAUCGGCAAUUUUUCAAACCCCAUUUAAAAAUCACGAAUCAGAGUUACCACAAUCGUCUAUUAAGGAUAGUAAUAUGAAAUUUAAUUCUACUCCUUUAAAUAAAAAGAAUGUGAUAGACAAUUUCGCAUUAAAUGAUAGUUUGGAUACAUUAAGUAUGUUGUCGUUAAGCGAAAAGAAACCUAAAUAUGUAAUUAAAGCACCCAAGAUUUUUGAAAAGAAAGUGUAUGGUACAAGCAGCCUUGACCUUUUCAAAAAGUCUGGCAAGAGGCACAUUUUAUCGCCACCGAAAUUAAAAACGGUUACGCAAACAUCGUGGGUAGCUGGUGGUUAUUGGCAAGAGGACAUUGAUGUACCAUCAUUAUCUAGAUCAUCCAGUCAAAGCUCUGGGUUUGGUUCUACGUGUUCUAACUUUGCUCCAUCCAGAGAACCAUCCGUACAUGAAUUUGAUCAAUGUUCGGUUAUGUCAGAUGUAACACAAUCUUAUUAUACUUCGAGACAAAGUACUGUUCAUCCUGUUGGAUCAUUCAAUCAACAGAAUGCAUACUUAUCAUUUUCAGAGCCAAGAAAUUCAGUUAGUAACCAAACAAUGAAAGGGGCAUCGCCUAAUUUUUAUGCGCCACAGCCGUUCGUACUGCCUGAGGCUUACAGAAAAAGUAAUUCAGUUUAUCUUGAUCAGUCUUUACAAGGACAAAACAUGAAUGUAAGUGAUAUUAAAAAUCCUUCUGAAAUUCAAAUGUUUCCUAGUCAUACCACUAUUGUAACAAGUCCUGUUUGGUUACCAGCUCUUUUAUGUGGUUCACUUGUAUUAAAUAUAGUAGUAUUGUGUACUACUUUGUCACGUUGAACAGGGUAUAAAUGAUCAUUUUUCCAUUAUUCUUCC